AUGGCCCGUCGAAGCCCCGCAGCCGUGCUCGUUGUCUUGAGCAGCUUGGCGGCCUACUGCAGCCUCGCGGGACAUGGCUCACAGACUUUCGCAGGGCUCCAGUCCAAUCGUAGCCCGCGUGAUGAGAGCGCCAUCGCAAUGGGCGACAAGAUCACGCGAGCAGCCGGCAAAGCGCGACGUGGCAGCUGGCAGAGGCAGAAUGUCGACACUGUAGAGAUCGAGGGCAAAGAGAUGCCGCAGGUGUUCCAGACCUUCCUGUCGCCCGAGGAAGCAGACACGCCGUUCGACGUUAGGCAAGCAACCGCGGAGACUGUCUCGGUGAAGUUCGACAAGAGGCCCUACGGCAUUGUGCGAUGGCAGCCCGGAAAGGACUUCAAGGGUGCUAUGGUGAAGGAUGUUGCGCACGGCGUUUACGUUGGAGAUCCUCUGGGACAAGCCAGAGCCAAAGGCAUCAAGCCGGGCAUGGUCGUGAAGAGCAUCGCGGGCCAGGACGUCAUGAACGAGGAGUUCGACGUCAUCAUGAAGAAGCUGGGGGAUGAAGCCCUUGGCUACAACAUCUUCGGUGUCAAGUUUCCCUUGGACGCCUGGCCGGGUCGCCGUGGCCGGCGGCCAUGCUCCCAGGUGAGCGUCAGGGACUCUGGCAGCCACAUGUGUGACACCUUGGCGGAUGUCCUGAACGACAUGCGGCCCUACUGA